AUGGUUGGUAAUCCCGCGAACAUCAAUGAUGAUGGGAAUCCGGUUCAGGUAGAAAAACAGCUAAAGAGGCUGACCGAGAAAGGUGACUCUGAUCCGGUUCUUAGUUCGAUUGCUGAUGAUGUUUCGGCAUCACUGAUGGAUAAUCAACGUGACCAUUGGAAAUUCAUCAAGAAUGUAUCAAUUUUGCAGGCCACAACACCCAUGGAUCCGAAGUUCAUUGGCGAGCGAUGCUGGGAGAGGCAUGGCUAUCUUGAGUUAUGCAAGAAGUAA